CGGGGCACGCACGCGCACUCACUAACGAACAUGGAGCCCCGGAGGUCCCGUAUUCUUCACCUAGCGAUCGUGGCUGUGCUGGCGGCCACCGUUACCUGUGAGAAAAACGGCAGGAAGGAGCAGCAGGAAUGUCACCACUACGCCGGCGGUCAUGUGUAUCCAGGAGAGGCUUUCAGGGUGUUGGGCUCCGAUCACUCGCUGCACCUCAGCAAAGCCAAGAUUUCAAAACCUGCACCAGACUGGGAAGGGACAGCAGUAAUAAAUGGAGAAUUCAAAGACCUGAAGCUUACAGAUUAUAGAGGCAAAUACCUUGUCUUCUUUUUCUAUCCACUUGAUUUCACAUUUGUUUGUCCAACUGAGAUCAUAGCUUUUGGUGACAGAAUUGAUGAGUUUAGAGCUAUUAACACAGAAGUGGUAGCUUGUUCUGUUGACUCUCAGUUUACACACUUGGCAUGGAUAAAUACACCAAGAAAACAAGGUGGAUUAGGACCAAUGAAGAUCCCAUUACUCUCAGAUCUAACACAUCAAAUUGCAAAGGAUUAUGGCGUGUAUUUAGAGGAUCAAGGCCACACACUUAGGUAACCAGAGAAAAUCUGUGUUUU